AAAUUAGAUUACAUCAGUAAGUGAAAUAUCCGCUAAUGAAAUGGCGAUGCUGUGUUGAUCAGAUGUUGCUUACAGAACAAUAUACUUAUUUUCUUGAAAAUUCAAAGUAAUUUGAAAAUCUAAAUCGUAUUUAUUUGUUCAUAAAUAUAUAAACGAUUUGUAAGAUAUUUCUGUGAAAACAUUUUAAUUAAAUAAUACAGUUCGUGAUGCGCAGGUUUUAGACGACAGCAUGAUCAUAAAGCAAGGUAGCGAUUGUAUCGUUACAAUUUUCUUCGUCUGAAAUUGUCCGUUUAAAAGGAGUAUAUUCACAGUAUUACGUUUAAAUUUCAUUUUCAUAAAUAUGGAAGUAGUUAGAAGUGUAUGGAAAAAGCCGCUUUUGGUGUAUAAAGUCGGAUUACAGGCGUCUUUUAGAAAUAGCACCAGUAGUAGUUCAGCAUCAAAGGUAACAAAAAAGGAAGAUGUUUCCAUUAAAGAUGAUGAUCUACGAAUAUCAAGCACAAAUGUUGAUUUGAAUUUACAAAAUGAUGCUGCAUUUAAUGCUCUUGUUUCUACUGAAGAGUUAUUAGCACAAUUAGGAUUGGCUAGGGAAUUUGCAACUGAUAGUCAAGUUGAACAUCCUUAUGUUGAUAAGUUAAAAAGGGUACAAAUGAUCUUGUUUGAUUUGAGUCAUGCUAUAUCAAAGCCGAUACCUGGGAAAAAUAAAUCAUUUGAAAGCAAACACAUUAUUGAUUUGGAAGAAUGGAUAGCAGAGUAUGCUACUCAACUGCCUCCUCAAGAAACUUAUAUUAUUCCGGGUGGUGGUAAAGCUUGUUCUACAUUGCACUCGGCUAAAGCGAUAUGUAAACGUGUAGAGAGAAAUGUUGCAUCUUUGGUUCAAGAUGGUUUAUUAAAUAAAGAAGCACAAAUAUAUUUAAAUAAGUUACAAAAUUUUCUAUUAACGACAUCACGUAUUGCAGCUAAGUGCGAUCAACGUGUAGAAAACAUAUAUAUUCCAAGAGUAGAAGUUGAAAACGAUAAAAAGAACUAAAUCGUAAGCUGUAUCGGACGAAUCCAUAGCAUGUCAUCUUUGAGUAUCUUCUUCUUAGAGAUGAUAAUAUGUGCAAACAACCAAAUAUUAUACUCAGAAAUAUUCUGCGAUAAUGUUAACGUGUAUUAUCAUACUUUGAAAACAUAAAUAUGUUGUAAAUAUUUUUUAAUCAUGUUAUGUAUCAAUUACUGAUUGUGCUGUAUUAUUUGUAUUAAAAGUGUACAUAGUAAUUACACGACAUAUUAAGUAGUUGAAAGUUUCUAAAUAAAGUAAGAUAUCAUCUUAA